AAUAGCAUUACGUUGGAAUCUCAACGGAAAUUCCCAAAUUCAGAUGUGUGGUUGUAGAGGACUACUGUAUGUCGGAAAGCAGUGGUAUUUCCAACUGCAGUAACUUGUGCUAUAUAUUUGUUUCAGUGGGUACGGUAGUGGCGAUACUUGUUACAGCGUCGCUGGUUGGACUUGUUUCAAGGAGAAGGAGUCAACAAAGAAGAGAACUAUUCAAUCCCUUGUUUGACGAAGAGUUUGCACAAGGUGUUCCUAUAGGAAACAUGUCAGAUCUUGUCCUUGAUCAUGUGGCUACGGAAGAAUAUCUUUUAUUGGACGAAAGUGGAAAGUUGUUUGACCCUCAUUUGAUUUUAAACCGGAAUAACGUUGACAAAGUGUUUCCUGAAGUAUCCUUUGACCAACUCUUUCGCGACAAGGGACAGACUGAAACAAUAGAAAGUGAACUUGUGUUCUGUAGCAUAUGCCUCGAGGAAAUUGGCUAUCAGGCUGUCCGUAGGCUAUUUUGUGGGCACAUAUUCCACUCAUCUUGUAUCCUCAAGUGGAUAUUGGUAGGCCGGUCCAAGUCUUGUCCUCUUUGUCAAAAGUCCUUUGCUAUCGAAAGAGGCACGCUUUCGAGUCGUUCAGUUAGGGGAACGAACCAAAGUGACUGGAAUUAUUUAUUUUUCUUCAUAUGACAUUCCACAAAUACGUUGAGAAUAUCUCCUAAAAUUCUUAUCCUCUCUAUGAAUUAUCUUAAUAAUACAGGAAC